AUGGGUGCACUCCCGUAUUCUGCACCAAACAAGACUGCGUUUAAUGCUCAUAAAUUUCUUUUAUUUAAGACAAGUGAACGCAAAGGCAGCAGAUUUUCUCGUACCACGACAUUGGUGUUCUUAUUGUUGAUUAUCGUUAUUGUGCUGGUAAUGCUCAUUGCUCUAACUUAUGGCAAGGACUUACAAUGUGAUGACGAUGACAGGAACAAUCUGGAGCACACUCGAAGAAAAAAUUCAUCUACGGAAUCCAACAACUUGAUAUCCUUUCUCCUUUUCUCUGAUGUCCACCUCGAUCAAUUUUACAAAUCCACGGCAGGAAUAGAUAGCUUCUGUAGAAAUGAGAGCGAGCCUAGCGCUUAUAAUGCGCCUUAUGGAAGAAUUGGUUGCGACAGUCCAUUGAGAUUACUGAAUGAUGCAUUGAAUGCUAUGAAGAAACAAGCAAAUAACUUACCCAAUCUGGACUUUAUUAUGUUGUCAGGUAAGGAAUUUUCCCAAUACAAACACAGGAGAAAUAAAUAUCAUUUAGGCAAAAAAGUUCGAAAGUUUUGGCCUACAGAAAUUUGAUUUUCUACGUGCUGAACGUCAUGCUCAUACCAAGCUAAGUGUGGUAUGAUUUGUGUUCUAGCAAGAUCAGAGUCACUGUUGUACGUGUAGUCAAGGUUCUGGAAAUGGGCUAUUUUCCACUUUAAUAGAAUAACAACAGUACACAGGGGCACACAUUCAAAAAAAGUUUGAGAGGGGUGUUCAACGUUCCGGGACCGAAUUUUUGAUGUUAGCAUUUGGUAACUUCCUGCAGGUCUGCCCCUCAAAUUUGAAAUAUGUAUACUAAUGCUAAGACUUGGAAUAUAAAAAUAGGUACGCUGUAUCGUACAUGGCGUCUACUGGGUCAAGAACAAUCUCGUUUUCCGAGCAUGCGAUCCUCGGUAAGGAACGUGAGGUUCUGGGAUAAUCCGUUGCCGGAAGCCAGGAAUCCUGGCUAAGAUCGAACUGUGCAUUCCAUAUCAACGGCCAAUCAGAUUCCUCCUUGAAACGGAUUAUCCCAGAGCCUCGCGUUCCUUCCCGAGGAUUACCGGCUCGGGGAACGAGAUUGGGUCAGAAACAAAGAAUGCUUAAUGUGAAUAAAAUACAUGAAAUUAUCAAUUUUAUUAGAAUAAGCUAUAACAUAUCACACGAAUAUAUACCUUAAUUUAUACCAGCUUUCAUAGCAAAUAUGAUGGGUCAAUCAGUCCUUAAAUUUUAAUGUAUAAGUAUUAAUUAUACCACUCCCGAGAUAUUCAUUUUUCGCAAUAUAGUUUGCAGCCAAAAACGUUUAUUGACAGUAGGCAAUAUCUUUUCAAAGAUUUCUUCGUUUUUGUUUUCCGAUGACAUGAUGGCUGGACGUGAUGAAGUUUUGCAUUCAAUUUGAUAACAACGUUAUACACUUGUGAAGUUAGGAUCUUUCCAAGAUAAACAUGUAAACAUUCCAUGUUGAUACUUCCAAUUUAGCAUUGUUUUCUAAACGUAUAUCUGAUGCUUUUAUGAAUUUUUAGUUUGUUGCACACGUCCGUACAAUUCGCAAAUUGUGGUCAUUUCUAAAAAUAUAAAAAGAAAACAAUUUGGCUGUCAACAAACCCAACAGUGCAUGUACCUAGCAUCUUUGAACUUCGAAGAUCAAGGUUAAUUUGAUCUAUUCUCAUGACAAACUUCAAUGUUUUUACCAAGAGAGUUCAAUGUUUGUCAAGAGCACUUGACAGGUUUUAAUCUGAUCAGCUAAUCAAGGUCAACAAGCUCCAAACUGAUUGGCUGCGAAUCAAUGUUUUAGCUGCGACCGUUCAUCCUUAGUUGCAAGCGAGGGUAAUACCAAACAUAAAAUCGGGGAAAGCAAUACUAAUAAUUUUAAUGUAUAAAACAAAAGCAAACAAAGUUAAGGAUGAAAAAGAUAGAAAAUUGGAAAUUUUUGAAGGUGUUUAUAUAGCAUUGUCAACCACAAUGCAUUAUGCGCUCAAACCAGCAUGGCGGACAUUUAUAAUGGAGUUUUGGUUUUCAAUCCAUAAUAUUUUCAUCCAUCCUAUGGUUAUACUUGCUCAUUUUAACUUUUUUAUACUAAAAUUACACCAAAGAAAUGUUUAUUAUCGGCAUUUGUUGCUAUUUGUCACUUCCGAAGGUAAGACGUGAACAAAUGCAUUGUGGUUGACAAUGACUCAUUAAAUUUUUAUAUUUAAUUAUAUGAUCUCAAUUUAUAUCAAAUAUGGAGUUGAACAAGAACAAACGUAUAAAAUAUUAAUAGCCGCACUGCAUGUAAUUGAAGCUUUAUAAAUAGAACAAGUAUUCUCACCGACUGAAAACACUGAAUAUUGCUAUACCUCCUCUGCAGGCCAUACAGUCCGUAAUGAGUAUACCCGUUCGCAGGUUGAAAUUUGAAAUUUGAGACGAAGGCUUGCGUAACUGUAAGGCCUGCUGAAUAACAUGUCGAUUACUUGGCUUAUAGUGUCGAUUACUCGGUUGGAUCAAAUUUUUUCAAAAAUAUAGCACAUCGUCUGCCAAUCUUUACCAAUCCCGUUUUGCGAGUAUUUUCUAAAUACAUCUUGGCAGUUAUGGCUGAUAAAAGCGACGAGGAGAUUCAAAUAAUGGAGGGUUUUACAAGCACAAGCGACAGUGAAAAUAUAGACGUUGUGAAUCUAUCAUUUGGCCAAAUGGGAUGUUUUGACAAUACUAAUACACACACAUUUAGGCCACAUAAAAAAAUAGUUGGUUAGCGUCCUUAGCUUUUGCCAAAAAUGAGCGGGCGGGCGCUUUUUUUAUAGUUUUUACUAAUUUUUAACGCCUUGGUUUUAGGUCCGAAACUGGAUUUUCUUGCGCAGUACAGAUAUUUUUUUAUAUAUUUCAAACAGUGAUUCAUACCGUCAUUUUCGCACGCAAUUUCGCAAUUUAUUAACACAAUGACUACAGUGAACAGAAAUACUACAUAUAUUAGAGCCCGUUGAUCAAUAAAAGUUGUUUUUUUUUAAAAUAAAAAGUGAGCGUGAGCGGGGCCUUUUUUGUGGGCGGGCAAGGACGCUAACCAACUAUUUUUUUAUGUGGCCUUAAAUAGUUACACUGUAUAAAAGACAAAUAUAAAUGGAAUAAAUUUCGUGGAUAAACGGCCGCAUGCCUGACAUAUGACGUGUUUUAUACAUAAAAGCGCUGCGUGUUUGUAAUAUGCAAAUUAUAAACUGAUAUUUAUCUGCUUCUCUUUAUAAAUCAUUGUAUGCUUGUUUGUUCAGUGUUCACUGUUUUUAUGUAUAUUGCGGAUACGAAAAGCGGUCUAUAUAUCAGAAGUAGUUAAAGACUUUAAUUAUGAUAUUGUUCUGCAUGGUAAAAUAAUAUAUGGGGGCCUCAUAUAUUUAAUAUAAUUUGGUUUGUGGCUCCCGCCAUUUUGGAAAAUUAGUCCGCAGGCCCUCCGGUUCGUUUCCCACCAAUUUUAUUUUUUUUGAAAGGCCUGCGGAGGAGGUAGCUGAAUAUUGUCAGUGAAUGAGUGAAAUACAAUAUAACUUGAUGUACGUUAUUAUUUAUCUCGGCAACUUGCCAAUUGAAUACACGAGACUGUAUUAUCACUCUCAAAAUAGCUUACUAUAAGUCUAUAUACUCUAAAAACUCAAAAACCCUACCUUAAUACUAGAGAAACUUUCUUCGAACUUCGCAAUUUGAAAAACUGAUAGAAGACUAUUGAGUGUAUAAUGCCAUAAAAGACUGUUGCUGUUGUCUAAAUGAUCAAACCAUUUAUCGUAAACAGUUCGGAAACUUUCGUAGAUGCGCGGGCUUUCAUAACUGUUCCAAAAUUUUAGAUUUUCAUUUGUUUGCAGACGAUUCUAAUAUUUUGUAUACUGAUAAGAAACUAUCGAAGGUGGAGUCAUGCAUCAAUAGUGAAAUAAAAUGUGUUAGUACAUGGUUAUGUGCUAAUAAAUUGCCACUUAACAAUAGACCUUUAUAAAAAGGUUGACGUCAGCAGGCUUGUGACGUAGUUUGCGGAGAAAAUCCGGAAAGCUCAGAGUUGUUUACUUAUUUUGAGUUUUUUUUAAAGCCAAAAGAAGCCAGUAUUAUGGUAAGUUUGAAGCAAAUUUUUCUAUAUAUAUAGGCCAAAUGAGUUUUCAUAUUCGUCGUAUAAAUUUUAUUUGUUUUUAUAUUAGAUUGUACAUUAUUUUACUGUUAUGAACAUUUAGCAAAUUGUUCGCCCGGUUUUCUUUUCUGUUUCUCAAAUUCAUCAGUGUAUUAAAACAGCUCCGCUUCCGUUUCUGAAGAUUUAAACUUUAAAUCUCACACUUCAUCCGAAAUUUUAAGUUAUAUUUGCUAGCUUUUUCAAUAUACUUGCCAAUUUUUUACCCGGGUAUGUCCUUUUCUGUCAACUAUAUCGAUAAAAAUAAUAGACACAUUAAACUAGUCAUUGUGUACAAGAUGUACUCAGAGUCUAUAAAAGUUCACUUAUGACAAUAUUAGACCUCUUUGCAUGAUCACUGAGCCUGUGUAUUGCUGUCUACUGCUUGAUUGAGGCCAUUCUGAUGAUUAGACUGAUGAAUUUGAGAAACAAAAAAGAAAAAUUAUACUUUUUAGCAACGAAACUAUGUAAACAAACCGAGCGAACAAUUUGCUGAAUGUUGACAGUAAAAUAAUGCACAAUCUAAUAUAAAAUCAAAUAAAAUUUAAACUAAGACGAAUAUGAAAACUCAUUUGGCCUAUAUAUAGAAAAAUUUACUUCAAACUUACCAUAAUACUGGCUUUUUUGGCUUUAAAAAAAACUCAAAACAAGUAAACAACUCUAAGCUUUCGGGAUUGUCUCCGCAAACUACGUCACAAGCCUGCUGACGUCAACCUUUUUAUAAAGGUCUAUUGAAAAGUCUAGUUUUGUUAUUUUCCAUCCAAUCCAGAAAAAGAUAGGUGAUAGUUUUCAGGUGAUUUUAAAUAAUGAAUCUUUAAAACGCGAGUACAAAACCAAAUACUUAGGCGUAGUCAUAGAUUGCCACUUAAAUUGGAGGGAUCAUGUCUCUCAUGUCUCAAAGAAAAUUAAACGUAAUAUUGGUGCGAUUUCGAAAGUUCGUCACUUUGUUAAUCUGGAAAUUCUUAAAAGCCUUUACUAUGCUUUGGUGUAUCCAUAUUUAACUUAUUGUUUAAUCACUUGGGGUAAUACCUACCAUACUAUAUUAAAUCCACUUUUUAUUUUACAAAAAAGAUCGUUAGGUCAAUCACAUUUUCAGAUUAUAACGAUCAUACUAAUCCCUUAUUUCUAAAACUGAAGAUUAUUAAGAUGUAUGACCUUGUUCACUUAGUCACUGCUACGUUUAUGUACGACUUCCAUUAUGGAAUCUUGCCAACAUCAUUUGACACCUUUUUUCUAGACAUAAAACAUAGCCAUGAUACAAGACUUGCCUCUGGGUCAUCAUAUUCAAUUCCAAAAAUUAGGACCAAUUAUGGAAAAUUUAAUAUAAGGUUUAUUGGAGCAAAGACUUGGAAUUCGCUCAGUGAAUCCGCUAAAAAACUUACAAAAAUUGGAUUCAAAAUGGAUUUGAAAAAUGGUAUAAUUCAACAGUAUAGUAAUCUUAGUUGAGCUGCAUGCUAAUUUAAUUUAAAUAUUCCUUUAAUCCUAUUUAAUAAUUUAUUUAGAAACUUUCUCCUAUUCUCCGGUUUUUGACAGUUUAUCUAUCCAUACUUAUUUUUUAUUUUUAAUUUUGUCCAACUUUAGAGGACGUGGUCUAUCUUUCCUUAUAUUUAUUAUUUAUUACAAAAAUUGGAUUCAAAAUGGAUUUGAAAAAUGGUAUAAUUCAACAGUAUAGUAAUCUUAGUUGAGCUGCAUGCUAAUUUAAUUUAAAUAUUCCUUUAAUCCUAUUUAAUCAUUUAUUUAGAAACUUUCUCCUAUUCUCCGGUUUUUGACAGUUUAUCUAUCCAUACUUAUUUUUUAUUUUUAAUUUUGUCCAACUUUAGAGGACGUGGUCUAUCUUUCUUUAUAUUUAUUAUUUAUUAUCUUUUUAUGUAUACUAAUUUAUUACUAAUUCUCCGAUCCAGUGCUAUACAUAUUUCAUAAGAUAAAUCCGGUGAAUAGCUAACUGUCUAGAUUAGCCCAGUUAUGGUUAUUACAGUUAGCUCUUCACCCAACGGACUUUAUCAGCGAUUCCACGACUCCAUUCAUGUGACUAGCCUUAGGCACAUUCCAACAUCAUUCGAAUGAAGUGCCAAAUUCUGAAACGCUGGAUUUAAUCUUCGGUAUGUCCCAGCCCUAGCUCUCCACCAUCUCCUGCAGGUAUUUUUGGUAACCAACAAAAUUCGUCCCACGCAGAGGCGAAACUAGCCCCUUUUAAAUGGGUUGGGGGGGGGGGUCUGCUAGAAUUUUCCUGCGAAAGCCGAUGAUGCCCUGCAGCAAAAAAUUUUUUUGGCCACUAUUUCUCCCAAAAAUGUUGACGAGCGGGGGGGAGGUCGAAAAAAGUUUUUCCGGACAUUUAAAAAAGGGGCGAAAAAAUUUUUCCGGACAUAAACCAAUUAAAUUAAGGGUCAAACAAUUUUUUCGGACACAUUUCGGUUAAAACAUGCAUGAAACCCUUAUUUUUUUACCAAUAUCUGUAAAAUUUAGGUUUAUAAAUUCUAUUCAAUUCCCUCUGGAAGCCCUGGAAGCUACUUAAUAACUCUACAUUCUAUCAUUUAAAAUCUUUCAUUGCCCUGCCAAUCCAGAUGAUUUGUACUUUGGGGGGUGUCACCCCCCCUCACGUUUGGUCCCUGGUCCCACGGUCCGACCAAACUAACUUCGGAUGUCCUCUGAUACAUGAAAAUCUUCUGAAUGCCAUCAAGAACGUAUCUGUAGAUCUGUCCGUACAAAGUUCUAAGUGGAUUGCUCUACUUGUCAUACAGGUGAAUAUGCAGCACCAAGCUUCUUUGACGGUUUUUCUUCCUAGUUUGAUUUUAAAUGGUCCGAAAAUGGCUAAAGCAGUGUUGGAAAAAGCAGGAUGAUUAAUGUCUGUCCUGUAGACCGUUAGCUGUCCCAUAUAUUGUUCACAGGCUCUCUUUCGCAUCAAUUUGCAAGGAAUGCUAUCCUGCGGUGCAGACGCUUCGUAUUUCAUGAUGAAAGGGUUUAAGCGUCUGCGUAAUGGAGGGAUCAAGCUUGUUCCGCCACGUGGAUGUUAUGCACAAUUAAAAUAUUAAUUAGCGCAAAUAUUUUUAAUAGCUAUAAUUAUUCAUGGCGUCUUUAUCGUGCGUUUUGUGUUUCUCGUUGUUAACGAAAGCUUGUGAUAGAAAUUUAGUCGAAAAUAAGGGGGAAUUUUCAGUAAAAAGUGAGAUUCAAGACCUUUAUUUUGUUGUUCACCUCACUUCGCAGCAUAUCUGUCGUGCGUGCUUCAGGACUCUGCAGCAAAGACGAAAUCACAAGAAUAAGGUUGACGAUUUGGAGAACAAUCUUCUGCGUAAAUACCGCGAAAAGGCUGGAGAAAGGGGACUCGCGAUUAAAACAAAAUCAACUGCGAAACGUUCGUUGUCGUUUGAUAAAAGCGACGAUCCGUCGACCCCGUUUAAUGAACGUAUCGAUUGCGAACGAGAAGUCACAGCUGAAUGUUUUAAACCAACGUCAAGUUCGACACCGUGCUCUUCAUAACAAACAUGUCGUAAAGCAUCCUGAAAACAUUCUCCUUCUAACUUUGCCUCCUCGACAAACGCCAUGUUUUACAUGUAUUAUGUCUUGCUCGCGCUAAUUUGGGAUAAUUAACAUUAUAUUGCAUAAAUUAACAACUAACCAAUCACAUUCGAUUCCUACGAUUUUGGGAACAUCCACGUGACUGAACAAGCUUGAUCCCUCCAUUACGCAGACGCUUAAACCCUUUCAUCAUGAAAUACGAAGCGUCUGCACCGCAGGCUAAAGGAAUGCAGGCUUUGACAUGAUUUCUGGCUACAUCACGUAGACCAAUUACCCAAUACCACAUUACCACCGUCUGAUUUCUACCAUCAACCGCUUGUAUCCACAAUGCGCCAGCUUCUGGUGGUGGUGUCGUAGCAACAAUUUAACCAAGGGAUGACUAUUCAAUAAUAUGAUUGGGUUUCGAAGUGCCUGGGGUAGCUGACGGGCAUUUUCCAAUCUUCCUUUAGCUUUCCAGAUUCCACCUUUGUCUACGAAGGGAAUUAUAUUUUGCAUUCUUUUCCCGGUCACGUCCAUUCCUGCCUGUGACAUCUUGAUCAGUCGUUUCUCAGCAUUGUGCAGCCCAGGAACAGAGAUUGGUCCCUUGAUUUUCUUCUUCUGGAAGAUAUUCUUGAUAGCUCGUACUACCAACGCAGUCACUCGUCUUGCUUUGCGAAAGGUAGAUGAUCCAGCCAGAAUUCUGUUAAGGACUUCUUGAAUAUCCUCGUUAUUACCAACAAACUGUCCAGUGACUAUUUGCUCGUUGUUUCGUAUUUCGUCAACGUUAAAUGCAUUGUUUACACCUUCAGUUCCUGAAGUGUUACUCUGAGUAAGUUGUAAUAAGUCAAUCUUGCGUUUUGACUUGCUCUUUCUCUCUGGGUCAGGUUGGACUGAGUUGGGAACGGUACUCGAUCGUUUAAAGUCGGGCCAUUCAUUUUCUGGCUUUUGGAUAAAUCGAGGACCAUAAUGCCAUAACUGGAGCUCUGCAGGUGUUAUCCCUCUGGUGAGUGCGUCCGCUGGAUUGGUUUCCGAGUUGAUGUAAUUCCAAACAGCAGUUGGUUGAUUCUCCUGAAUCUCAGGGACUCGGACACUCACGAAUGGUUUGAAUUCUGCUGGCGAGCUUUUUAUCCAAGACAAGGCUGUAGUUGAAUCACACCAGAAUUUCUCAACCAGGUCGAUUAUCAAGACUCUUUUGAUUUCAGCUGCUCGUCGACUCAGCAUCAAGCAACCCAUCAACUCUAGUGUCGGUAUGGUCUUCUUCUUCAGUGGUGCAACCAGGGCUUUCGCUGCAACGAAUCUGGAAGUAAAUUUGCCGUCCGCCAAUUCCCACCGAAGGAAGAGGGCUCCACCAUAUCCUAAUUCUCCGGCAUCUGAGAAUCCAUGGAGCUGUGGACUUCCCACCGAGGUUUCAGGCUUUAGGGAUCUUUCCAGGUGGGUACCUAGAAGGGCGUUCAUGAUCUCGACGUUCUUUUGCCAUUUAAACUUUUCUUCAGGUGGCAAUAACUCAUCCCACUGAUAACUUGCGGCCCAUAGAUCUGUAUACACUGUCUCUCUCUUCAAAGCAAUGCUAUCAGCUUUCUUAUUCCAUUGAUGGCCCAGUAGACUCACCGAAAACUCUAGGAGACUCCCGAACAUGUCGAAUGAAUGCACAUUCUCGCAUUUCCUUCUCAGAGCAUGUACAGUAACGCGUUGGUUUGAUUCCUAAUUGAUCUUGGAAAAUCAAUUUCUUUAUGUCCUGGUCCUUUGUUAUGUCGUCAAUGGUUUCGACAGCAAAAAUUCCAGGUGUACUAUUCCCUUCGAGAUUACCAAGGACUGACCAACCAAAGAUGUUCUUCUUUGCAUUCGGUUCACCAGGGUUACCCGCCAGAACUUUAAAAUUACGAUGGGCUUCCGGUAGAUCUGUUCCCAAUAGAAUGUCCACUGGACCGCCAUUUAAAUAUAGAUCUUAUACAAUUCGAACAAGGUGAGGAAAUCUGACUACCGCUUUCUUUGAAACAGUUUUGGCUGCUUGGCACGGUUUCUUGACUGAAUAAGCUUUCACAUUGAAUACAAUAUCUUCAUCAUAACAGGGCGAUAUCUUUAAAUCAAACUCAGCAGAAUCUUCAACUCUAAUUCCACCGCCUGCAACAUACAUCUUCAUUUUUUUGUUUCUCCGACCAAACCGAGCUUGUCCGCAAACUCUUUCCGAAUGAGACUCUUAUUAGAACCACUAUCAACCAUGGCAAGUCCCUCAAUAGAGUUCCCAUUGGCACUGUGCACUUUGACCUUUUGAGUUGGUACAUUUGCACUUCCUGCAUUACCAGCUGAAAUAGCACUAACCUGAUUGGACUUUCCCGUACCUAUAGCUCCCUCUUGAUCUGGUUUGAAUGGUUGUGCAUCAGGGUUCAGAUUGCCAUGGUCCACUUGUUUUCGAUCUUUAUGAAAUAGGUAAUGAUGUGGUCUUCCACAACUGUUGAUAUCACAUGCCUUUCGCGAACACUGUUGGUGUCGGUGUCCAGUUCGCAGACAUUUUUUACAUCUCUUGGACUGAAUCACCACUUCCCACUUUUCUUUCACUUCCAUCUUCUUAAAUGCUGGACAAUAACCUAAACCAUGUUGUUGGGAACAACCCAAACCUCAAUUGUAACCACAAUUGUAACCUCCGUUCACAUUAGCCGGAUAAAUCCCUAUUUUUGAAGAGCGUUAUCCGAUUGACUACUUGCCAUUAUUUUUGCCUCUUCUUCUAGGUAUUCCAACAAGGUAUGCAGGUUUUCAAUCUUCUUUGUAUCAAUCAUACUCCGUGCGUAAGCUCUUUGAUCUUCUACAAUCAAUUUCGCCAGAAUAUCAGCAAACACAUAUCUACUUUUGGCUUCGUCAGAUGCUCCGAAAUCCUCCAUUCUGAGAAUAAACCCACGAACUGUUGCGACCAAAUUCCGAAUCGACUUUGCAUCUUUGACUUUCAAGGGUUUCAUUGUUUUGAUAUCAUUCAUCAAAAUUUUAAUCAACUCUUUGUCGUCUCCAAAAAACUUGUCGAGGAAUUCCCAUAUCGCUUUAGUUGUAGUAAAACAUUCAAUUUCAUAUCUUAGGGGGGCUUGGAUAGCUUCAAUCAAUCUUGCAAGUUGACAUCUUUCAUUUUUAUAAUUUCUCUUCAUUAUUUUUAAUGUUUUCAGAAAAUUGUGGUACCUUGAUUCUCUCCAGAUUAUACCUCCUUUGAUGUUUGAUCUACUUCACAUUUUCGUUGAUAUUGUUCUAACUUUGAGAGUAAAUCGCCAUAUUUUGCAACGAUUUCCGUAAUAAAAAUAUCAUGGUUUGUAAAAUCGGCUUUCUCAAUGUCAGCUUCGACCAUUAAGUCGGUAGUUCCAUCGUGUAUUUCUCUUACAGCUUUAUAUUUUACCUUUACUUCGCCAAAAGCCUCUUCAAGACGAUAUAUUUCUGGGCGAGCUUCUAGCACAAAUUCGAAGCUUUUUACCUCGUCGUCGAAUUUUUUCUUCGCCGAAUUCUCUUCCGAUUUAACUCUUCAAUUUUAACCAUCGUUGAUGCGAUCUUUAACACUCGAUGUCUUUGUUUUCAAGCGUGUCACUACUCGAACGCGUUCGGAGUUGUUAUUGAUCUGGCAUAUUUCGCCCAAAAUAACUUUGAAUCCCAUUUCGCUCUAUUAAUCAAACUAUUUUGACUGUUGUGAACUUUUCGCAACACAAAGACACGGACAAUGUUCUAAGGUUUAUUUCGUACAAGUUUUAAUACAUUUUUAUUGUAUUAUUUGGCUGUCAAAAUAGUUGUUGUUCCCUUUUGUCCUUCGAUUUUCGAUCGUAUGAUUAAAACAAACAACACGUGACCAAAAUUAACAUAAUUAAAUAUCAAAUAAUUAGCAUGCAUUAUGCAGUUCUAUAUUGAAGUGUCAAAACAAGUAAUCCUUAGACACAACAAACGAAUGUCUUUACGUGAUUUUUGUUCUUAAUUCUAAAAUAUACUAUAUUACUAUUUACUGUAUUAUAUGAUCAUAUUAUAAGAUCAACUCAAGUAUUUUAUUCUCUUUCAGUACAUACCCAUAUCGAUACGCUCGCUUAAAAAACCUGCCAAUAUUUCUUUCGGAGGGCCGAGCACAAAAUUUCAAUACCGUAAGAAAAUAUAACGAUAAUAUAAUUGAGUAAAAAAGAUAGCUGAGAUGUUCCUUCCGAUAUCCAUACCUUCUGCAUACUCUAAGAAUAUACAUUCGGCUUCCAGCUUUCGAUAACAAGUCAUCAACGUGUAGGUCCCAGCAGCACACAUCGUCCUCGAAGGUAACGUCCAAUACCUUCUAUAGGCACUGGUGGAGGCUUAGAAGUUCCACCAUUUAGAAGCAUUCCCAUGUUUUUGAUAAGUUUAUGUAAAGUCAUUCUGUUUCUCCUUGCCCAGUUCUCGAUGCUCCUCACUUCCAUUAUUGCAGAAUCACUAUUUGACUUUACUGGUGCACUAACUGUCAUGUCACCAGCAAAUUACAUAUUAUGUACAACUAUCAUGUCACCAGCAAAAUACGUUAGUUUCAGGUUGUUUGGAUUUUAUGUCAUCAACCAUAAGAGAAAAUAUAUAGAAAAGGGCUAAUGACGGUUCCCUGUGGCACUCCCUUGUUAAUAUCUACAUAUUCUGUUAUGAUUCCGUCAACCAAAACUCUUUGUUUUCGUUUCGUCAAAAAACUUAUAAUCCAUGCAAUUGAUGAUAUAAGGAUUUAGGUUAGUUUAAGUUUUUCAGUUAUGAUAUCAUGUGGGACCGAAUAAAAGGCUUUACUAAAAUCUAAAGAUAAAACCCGAAUGACUUUGUUCAGCGUCUUCGUCCAACCAUUUCAGCCAAUGAUGCUAGCAUUUAACAAGUGCUGAUGUUAUACUUGCAAACUGAUUAUGACCAGUGAUUGACUUAGAGUGUUCCAAAUGAUGUUUGUCAAAGAAAUGGGUCUUAGCUGGCUGCGUGCAGCCUGAUAUUAAUGUUGACUAUUUUUGUAUUGCGCUGAUAUUUGCGAGUUUCCACAGCGAGGGAACAUGUUGUUCAUGCGAGGACAGAUUUAGACUGCGAGCAGGCUAGGACAGAUUUAAUUAAUACUUUGGUAAGUACAGGUGCAAGAUAAUGAGCAUAGUCUUUCCACAGCCAGUAUGGAAGUCCAUCUGGGCCUGGCGAAGUUCGGUUUUGUUUCAUCAUGAACAUUUCAACUGUUUGUGUAUCAACCUUCAGAAUUCGAGUUUCUUGGGAGAUUUUUAAGAGUGAUGGAGGUGUAUAUACUGAGUGUCCGUAUUUACGCUUUGAAAAUAGGUGUUAAUAAUAUUUGAAUCGAUGGAGGACUAAUGUUAUGGGAAUUUAUACUUCUGCCAGUGAUUGACAGUAUUCAUGCACCAACCUUUUGCCCAUUGUUGCCUCUUGCUGCAUGUAGUCGCUCAGAUCUCCAUCAGAUUGAUGGGUAUAUUUGUCGUAUUUUCAUCAAUUUCAUUUGUUGGAUCAGAAAACUGUCAAAGUAGAAUUAUUAUAAUUGUUAGUUAUUUUGUCUCUAAUUAUUAAAACAAAAGCCUUUAAAUAUUCAUAGUACCCAUAGGAAAUAAUAUUGGCAUACACUUAAUGUCUGCUCCCGAGGGAAAUAGUUUGUUUUGUUUUCCCGAGAGUCUCAAUUGCAAUGUUACGUUUCCCGAGACUAUAAAGCAACGAGAAAAAAUCAACAUUCAACAACAUUCAUACAACAAUUCAUACAAAACAUUCAUACAAAAACUCUAUAGUGUAUAAACGUGUUCAAAACUAAAAGAACCUACUUAAACGUUUCAGCAGUAUGGUGGCCGAGAACUGCCAAUAGUUUUUUCGUAUUUUUUAUUAGGAAUUUUUUUAGAAAUAAAUAUUUUUUAAAACCAUUUUAAAAACACAAUCAAAUUUAAAAUGAAAUUAAAAACAAAAGUAAAAUAAAAGUGAAAUGAAAGUUAAAUAAAAAGAAAAUAAAAAUUUAAAGUAAAACAAAAUUAAUUUAAAAUAAAAUAAAAUAAAAAUUAUUUUCUUUAUUGGCCGAGCGCUGCCACUACCAUGAUUCUUUGCGAACUUAAUAAUCGCAUUCUAAUAUACUUCAUGUCAGCUGCCAUAUAUAUAUAUAUAUAUAUAUAUAUAUAUAUAUAUAUAUAUAUAUAUAUAUAUAUAUAGUAUAUAUAGUGGUUCACGGGAAAUUAAAGAUGGCCGACAUCAGGAACGCAAACUACACGAUUGAUUGUCUCAAAACUGCAUUGCAAAAUAUGUUAAGCAAAGCCUUAAAGGUCUGAACUUCUAGAUCUUAAUACGGAACAUGAAUUCCUCAAAAUUCUGCGAGCAUCCGUAGCCUCGACAGACGCUUCAAGAUUUUAUAUGAAAUAUAAGGCUAUCAUGGGGCACGAAAAGGAAACAGAAGACCGAAAAGCGUGCUGUGAGCUUUCUUAGAAAAGGAAACGAUCACCUUUGAGUGACAUUUACACGGACGAUCGGCGGAUCGGGACUGAAUUUUUAGUCCGAUGACACAAUUUGGGACCGACUGUUUGGACCAACUCUCACACCUAAUGAGCGCCAUUUUUCGAUCAACUCUCACACCCAAAUGUGCGCCCCUGACAGGGCCCCUGACAGUACACUGUACAGUGCCAAGAACAUGUUGUGUAGUCAAGAUUCUGGAAAUGGGCUAUUUUCUGCUUAACAGAAUAACAACUGCACACUGUACACUGUACAGCGCCAAGCAGCAUUGCCAUUUACAAAUCCCACUGUUUUCAUGCCUUCCAGUCGUCCAUAAGAUUUUGAAUAUUUUAGCAUUCUGCAACAAGCCUUCUUUUAAUUUAAUAUUUCCAGGUGACUCAUGCGCUCAUUCAAUUGAGACAAACCGAAGAAAAGUGGUGCUCGAAAAUAUAAAUACCUCAUCAAAAGCAGUGAAGUUGACAUUUCCUGACAUCCCAUAUUUUCCCAGUAUUGGUAAUAAUGAUAUUCCUGGUCAUUAUGUAAUGCCUGUUGAGAAUGAUACAUGGUAUUCUGAUUUGCUGAAUAUCUGGCAAGACGCCAUACUGUGUAAACAAUGUAAUAUGAGUUAUCAGACAACAACUGAAGCUGAACUGCGCAAAACGUUUUUAUAUGGAGGGUAUUACAGUGUGUCAAUUGCAGGUUUGUAAAUUAGCUUCUUCCGUUUUGAGAAUUGAUAUAUUUAUGCAUAGUCCUUCCUGAUGUGAGAUUACCUAGAUAUUUGUGGUCAUAUGAUUUGGCGACAAUGCACAAACGCAGGGAAAAUGGGCAGGACCAUUAUCUGCGUAAAUAUCGCAUCUCGUUUGAUAGUUAUCAUUUAUAGACCUGGAGCUAGGGGGAUUCGGCGAAAUAUUUACCCUCAGUGAUGAUAUCUCCGAGGUGCUUUGCCUCGAGGGAAAUAUCAUCACUGGUAGUAAUAUUUCGACACAUCCCCCGAGCGGAGGGUUUAUAAAUGAUAUAUUAAACCAAAAGUUAAAGGACCCACUAUUUAAAGUUGAGAAUAAACUUUAAAAGUUGCUGAAUAACUAAUUUAGUUAUACCAGACGGUUUUUGACGUUUUCUCUUUAAAAUAUUUGAGUCUGUAUCCUUUGGAUCAUUGAUGGUAACAUUCCUCUUGAAAAUCUUUAGUUAAUCAAUAAAAAUUUUGCACGAAAUUACGAACAACAGCUCACGAACGACAUAUAGUUUUAGCGCGUGGUGUCCACGCGUGAGAGUGAGAAACUAUAAUAUCUCACGGUAGAUCUAUCAUGAGAUAUUAUAAUACUUCACGCUGCAUUGCGAAAUCAUGAAUUUGAGUGAAAUACCGUAAAAAAUCAUAUAUUGCAGCAAUCAUGCAACAAAUUUCUUUAAUUUGUUUCUAGCAUAUAUUUAGUUAUAACCCGGGAAAACUACACUUGUAGGAUACAUUGUUUAUAAGUUUUGAAUUUGAUUUCAAAAAAGUUUUCUUCCUGAGGGAGAUAAAAUUUUUGCACAAUCAUCAGUCAUUUCCAAGGGUGGGAAACAUUUUGUGGAAAUCUCGAUUUUUAAAAUUUUUUUCCGCAAUCGAUUGUUUCCGUGUUUCCCCAAGAUUUAGAUUGAUUUUAUACAUUGAUUAAUUCAGGUGGUAAAAUGACAUUACUUGUACUCAACUCUAUGUACUGGGAUUGGAAGACCUGGAAACCGGAUGACUAUUUCCAAGAAAGAGCAGAGAAACAAAUUAAGUGGCUAGAGGAGCAGUUGCAACUGGCAAAGUCAACGAACAAGAGAGUUAUUUUAACCAGCCAUAUUCCCCCUGGGUAAGAGAUGGCCGGAGGCGAUUCGCUAUGGCCAAAGUGUUAUCUAGAAGCAUGGUAUUAUAUAUGAUCUCCCACAAGGAUAUUUCCAGCUUAUUAGCCGAUGACGCAAUAUUUCGAGUAGGCUAUAUAAAAACCUGCUCACAGGUUUGUAUAUCAAUACAACAUGCACAUACUUUGCAUACAAACUUAUGCACAGUACUAGUAUCAAGGCGUUCAGUGUGACUAAACCAAAAGAAACUAGCCUCAUUCCCAAGUUCUCCCCUCUUGUGGAGGUAAGAAGAAAGAGCCUGGGAAUAUAGGUUGAGAGAAAACAUGCGUUGAAAUCUCCAACCAGUUAUAGCAAAGCCGUCACUGCAAAACACCCGCUUAUCUGAUUAACAUGUUCCGUAAAAAGUUUAGACAUCUAUAUUGUCAUUGUGAAAAAGCCAUCUGAUAUGGCAAUCAAUUGCAACGCUAAAACUGCUAGUAGCAUUAGUAACAGUCUUUUAUUUUGAGUAAAGUAUACACUGUACUUAUAUUUCUGGAAUUUCCAACUGCAAUAAAUAGUAUUUACUAUAAACUGCCCAAGCUAUACUCAUUAAAUAACAUAACAAGUCUGCAGGUAUAUCGUUUAAAAUGUACCUAUUUUUUCAUCGAGUUUUCGGAUACAAGUACCAUUACUUGUUUAAAGAACAUUAACAAUUAAAGUGAUAAAAUCCUUUCAAAACAAGAUCAGAAUCGCCUGUAUGUUUGAAAUUUGCACAACAGCACGCCGAAUUUUUAACCCUUUUCUCCAGACGUUUUCAACGGUUUUCUCCCUCGCCUGUAUUCUCGCACCGCGUGUUUUUUACACUGACCGCUUCGAUACAACUGCGUGAGAUUGCAACGCGUGUUUUUUUUUUCACUGGCUGCUUUCACAUACUGUAGAUGCAUGGAUAUUUGCGUUAAUAUAUAUCUAAUUGGGCUGUGAUCUGCCUUGCGAUUUUAGAUCAUCCCAGGUGCGCAUGUUCCGAUUGUGCUGGGCAACUUUUUAGCAACUUUGGCAUUCAUAGCAACUUGUUGUAAUUCUAGCAACUUGAGGAAAACUAUUGCUGUUGACAGGAAUGACAGCACAUUUGUUACCAAAAUGUAGGUCAACUGCAUCCUGUUCAGCCAAAAUUGAAUUUUAUCCAAUUUUGGAAGCUGCAAUAAAUUAAUGUUGGUGCAAGUCUUCAAACCCCAACAAAAGCUGCAGGGGCCAUCUGGUGUGUGCAUGUGUGUGUGCCGUGACACUCCCUGAAAACAUGUUGUCGGCAAAAUAACGAGUUUAUCGGCAAAUUGUUUUCGUAGAUAUCAAGAAUACUUGAGUGGCUGGGAUUAAAAGGUGAUAGUUAUGGCAAAAACUUACUAAAAUUACAAAAAACCCCCGAAAAUUUAAGAAAUUAUAGCUAGGGUACACGAAUUCGAACGUUAGUGAAAAAUGGCAUAUCUGGAAAAUGUUUUAAAAUCUUCUCCCCUCCCCAGGUAGGCACUGCGGACGUAGCAAUUAAUUUAUUGGCAACUUCCUAGCAACUUUUUGGCAUUUUUGGAUUUAACGUUUAAAGAUUUUAGGAGCACAUGCAAUCGGGACAUGCCUAAUCCCAGGUGAAGACGCUAGAUCGGAAUGUCGAAACGUUUUGUCGCUAUAAUGCAAUGGGGAUUGCAUUUAUUUAUUUGAAUUAGGGAAGCGAGCGAAAAUAUGACUUGCAUCUUAACUGUACCUUUUGACUACCCGUUUCGUAGUUAAUUUGAACUGUGGUUACCCCUAAAAUGCACGAUUCUGUUUGGUAGUAACUUUACUAUGUACAACCGACCACAGUACUUUUAGCAUAUUACGUGUUCCUCUUGUGUGUUAUACCUUACCAGUUACCAUUUUUCUUCAUGUCUUAGUAUUGAUACCUAUGUAGAGAAGACAUUGUGGUUAACCAACUUCACGGAUCUAUACAUGGAUCUUGUCACAAACAAGUUCAGUGAAGUUGUUGCAGGUUUGUAUACCGAUUAAAUUUAUGUGUUUUGUGUAAACGACCUUGAUCAGCUCAAUCUCGUGGUUCCUUCCUGUUAGAAGUUCAGUGUAUGUGUUUUUCAGGCUAACGAUUCAGCUAAAAUAUCAACCAUAGUAUUUGUGCUGGGCUAAACAGUAGAUCGUGUGAAAUGACCAAAGAUGAUAGCAGCACCCAACUCUACCUAAUUAUAGUACUCAUGUAACAAUAGAUCGGGUUGUCUCUGCCCAACAUAUUAUUUACCUUUAAAUUUUGAUACUUUUUAGGUCAAAUCUAUGCCCAUUUCCACAAGGACAGCUUCCGUUUCCUUCACGGAAACAAGAAAGAUCUUUCACUUAAAAAAUCGUCCUACAUUUUACUAAUGCCGUCUAUAUCCCCUGUGUAUAACAAUAAUCCUAAUUUCCGAGUUGUUCACCUCGAUCCAGAUCUCCAGGCAAUCAAGGACUACGAGCAGUGGUACAUGAAUCUUGUGAUGGCAACAGGUUAG